AUGUGUGUUGGGUGUGCUCGGCUGGGAAGUGAGGAUCAGAAGAUAGUUUCUAGCACAAUGAAGCAACUACAGUUGGUUGAUUUUGGAGCACCUCUCCAUUGCCUUGUCAUAGCCGGCAAGACCCAUCCGGUGGAAGAAGAAAUGCUGGAUUGUUACAAAAUUAACAAGGAAGACCGUCGGAGACAAUGA